UCUUGUUGUUCUGACUUCUGUCAAUAUUGUCUAAUUGAUAAACUGGUUGCUAAGAUGUUACAGUUUUAAAUACACAAAUAAAUAAAUAUUGCCUUUGUUAUUGAUAUCUUUGCGUUCAUUACUUACCGUAAUACGAUUAAUUAAUUGUUGCAAUAAAAAAAAUUCAAUAAUGUCCACAAUUGAUUGCGCUAGCGAAACUGCUACGAGUCCUGAAAAUGUCGAAGACAUUAAAACUGUUCAGAUGCUAGCAAAGGGAAUACUCGAACUGUAUGAACCACCUUUGGUUACAAUCAAAACGCAUUUAAAAGAAUUAACAGAAAAGCAAGAUGCUGUUCAUAAUAUGUUGCUCUCAGAGAGACGGCGGCUCGAAGACCUACAGAAUGAUGCAACACUUGAUGCUCUACUAGCGGACGUAGCAACCAGUAAGGAGAAACUGAAUUCAAUAUCAAAUUCGAUGAUAACCUUACACAAAAGGGUCCAGGCGUUACAAACUAGAGCGGCGAAUGUUGAGAAGAUUGCUAAAAGCAAAGCAGUUAACAACAACCAACCAAAGAGUUAGCAAUAGUUCAUCUUAUAAUCUGUAUAGUUUCAGACGUAAUAAUCUAUACUCAUAAUAUAAAACUGAACAGUUUGUUUGAAUGCACUAAUCUCAGGAUAAACGCGGUUGAUAACCUUAGCUUAAAAUUUUCUAUAUUUUUUUUUUCAUAUGAAUUUUCUAAAUUAUGUAUAUGUUUUAACAUCGAAAAGACCCUCUUGAAUUCGAUGAGUAAUAUUAGUGUCUAAAUAUGUUUAAAAAAUUAGCUUCUUUUUCCUUGAAAUGUCUUCUUACUUUAUGAUGGUAUAAAUUGUUCAUUUGUUUGUAUAUUUUAUAAAUUGUAUAAUUUACAUUACCAUGGUAAAUUUCCUUAGGAGAUCUAAAAGAACAGCUCAAAUCUUUAAAAAAUGUCUUCACCAAGGGUUUAGUUCUGGUGCCUUGUAAAUUCGACUUUAACACAUGACAAUAGUGUUGAAUUUAUUUUGGUGUAAUCAAACAUCUAGCUUUGGCUGUUACUAAUGUUAAAAUUACAAGACCCUAUUCAAAUUUGUUUUGUAAAUUAAAAAAACUAUUAACUAUUACUCGGUAUCACUAUCAUUACAUAUUAUAAAUUGCUAGCUUUGCCCUGCAGAUUCACCCACAUCUUAUGUGAUAAUAGUAGACCAUACAUAUAUAGCAUACCUCUUAAAUUGGACCACACAAACAAAAAUAAAUUUCCGGUUUGAACCAAUUUGCAGUAGUUCCUGUGUGCAUUAAAUCAAACAAACUUUUCAGCUAUAUAUUAAAAUACAUAUAAAUUUAUCUUACACUGCUUCACCAAAAUGAUUUAUGGAUGUGUAAAAAUUAAAAAGCAUGAUGUAUUUCUAAUAUUUUAUUUGCUAAGUAAUAAAAUAAAUACAUUACAAAUUUUCUUAAAUUUAAUAACAAUAAGUGAUAAGAUAAAAUAAUGUGCAUUCCAUUACAUUUAGAAUGUAACGAAAUAUUUAUUGUCUAAGUUAUUAAGUAAAUGAGAUAAAAUGUUACUUAUAUCUAUUUAUUACGAUACAUUGUCACUAAGACUAGCUAUUAUUGGGAAUUAAGGUGUUUCAAACGGAAGUAAUAGGGCUGCUUCAUACUAGUUUAUAAUAUUUUUGUAUGGCAACCCUGAAUGCAAUAGAACUUCCUGUUUGAAGGCCUUAAACUCAAUUGUUAUAUAAGAUGGCAGUUAGUGUUGUUGAUAUAUAAACUGUUUGAUUACA